AUGGAUUUCGAAUCUUUAUUAAACGACAAAAGAGAUGAAGAUAAUCUACCACCACCAUCAUUUUCACGUAUCGAAUGUCCUAUGGGAUAUGGUUAUCGACAAAAUAUGGCGGUGGUCAAAGUCUUGGUUCAGAAAGGAGAAGGGCAGGCACCUGCUCUCAAACUGAUUAAUAGAAGUCGUAGAAAGAAAUUUGUCGCCAUUUCAAUAUAUUAUGAUUCAGAAAAUAUCCUUAUUUAA